GCUGCGGGGCCCGGCAGCGCCCAUAUCAGCGCGGCCUGGCUCGCCUGACCAGGGUGCCAGGGUGGCUCGUGGGACGGAGAGGGCCGUAGAGGCUCGGGAGCCCCCGCUGCCCAGCCCGCCCCGAGCAGCCCGGCGGUCGCCGCUCCAUUCGGACUGCCGCGUCCCUCGCCCCUCCGGCCUCAAGGCACGGCCUUAGCCUCACUGGAGGGGGAUCAAGGUCCGAGCCAGGCCCGCCACGGUGGGGGAUGGGCUCGGCGGCCUGGCUGCGGCCCCCUCCGGCGCGCCCGGACUUCUGCAGGCGGAGGGGGCCUGGGAGCUCGCGGAGCCGGACGGCCUCCAGGUGCUGGGGAAAGGUCGGCUUCGGCCCCACAGCUGGCCUCCGUACUUCCCGGCCGCCCGGAACGAAGAUGCUGCAUUUUAAAGAAGUUCACUACGUGUGCGUGGCGCAGUUAGGUCCACACUAAUUAUAAUUGUGAAUCCUCAGCAGUCCUGUGACACAGGCGAUGCGGAGAUUCUCAACCCGGUUUAACAGAUGUCAACAAGUAAAAAUGAAGUACAUUCUAGUUACUGGUGGUGUCAUAUCAGGAAUUGGAAAAGGAAUCAUCGCCAGCAGUGUGGGCACAAUACUCAAGUCAUGUGGUUUACAUGUAACCUCCAUUAAAAUUGACCCGUAUAUUAACAUUGAUGCAGGAACAUUCUCUCCUUAUGAGCAUGGUGAGGUUUUUGUGCUGGAUGAUGGUGGGGAAGUAGACCUUGACCUGGGUAACUAUGAACGUUUCCUUGACAUCCGCCUCACCAAGGACAAUAAUCUGACCACUGGAAAGAUCUAUCAGUACGUUAUUAACAAGGAACGCAAAGGAGAUUACUUGGGGAAAACCGUCCAAGUCGUCCCGCACAUCACAGAUGCAAUCCAGGAGUGGGUAAUGAGACAGGCGUUAAUACCCGUGGAUGAAGAUGGCCUGGAGCCUCAAGUGUGUGUUAUUGAGCUUGGUGGGACAGUAGGAGAUAUAGAAAGCAUGCCCUUUAUUGAGGCCUUCCGUCAAUUCCAGUUCAAGGUCAAAAGAGAGAACUUCUGUAACAUUCAUGUCAGUCUAGUUCCUCAGCCAAGUUCAACAGGGGAACAGAAGACUAAACCCACCCAGAACAGUGUUCGGGAACUCAGAGGGCUUGGGCUUUCCCCAGAUCUGGUUGUGUGCAGGUGCUCAAAUCCUCUCGACACAUCAGUGAAGGAGAAAAUAUCAAUGUUCUGCCAUGUUGAACCUGAACAAGUGAUCUGUGUCCAUGAUGUCUCGUCCAUCUACCGAGUACCCUUGUUGUUAGAAGAGCAGGGGGUUGUAGAUUAUUUUCUCCGGAGACUUGACCUUCCUAUUGAGAGGCAGCCACGGAAAAUGCUGAUGAAGUGGAAAGAGAUGGCUGACAGAUAUGAUCGCCUGCUGGAGACCUGCUCUAUUGCCCUCGUGGGCAAAUACACCAAGUUCUCAGACUCGUACGCCUCUGUCAUUAAAGCUCUGGAGCAUUCUGCACUGGCCAUAAACCACAAAUUGGAAAUCAAGUACAUAGAUUCCACGGACUUGGAGCCGAGCACCUUGCAGGAGGAGCCCGUGCGCUACCACGAGGCCUGGCAGAAGCUGUGCAGCGCUCAUGGCGUGCUGGUUCCAGGAGGAUUUGGUGUCCGAGGGACUGAAGGAAAAAUCCAAGCGAUCUCCUGGGCUCGGAAACAGAAGAAGCCUUUUUUGGGCGUGUGCUUAGGAAUGCAGUUGGCAGUGGUUGAAUUUUCAAGAAAUGUGCUGGGAUGGCAAGAUGCCAAUUCUACGGAGUUUGACCCUAACACCAAUCAUCCUGUGGUCAUAGACAUGCCAGAACACAACCCCGGCCAGAUGGGCGGAACCAUGAGGCUGGGCAAGAGGAGAACCCUGUUCCAGACCACGGACUCUGUCAUGAGGAAACUCUACGGAGAUGCAGAUUACCUGGAAGAGAGGCACCGCCACAGAUUUGAGGUGAAUCCAGUCUUGAAAAAGUGUUUGGAGGAGCAAGGCUUGAAGUUUGUUGGCCAAGAUGUUGAAGGAGAGAGAAUGGAAAUUGUGGAGUUGGAAGAUCAUCCCUUUUUCGUUGGAGUUCAGUAUCACCCUGAGUUCCUGUCCAGACCUAUCAAGCCUUCCCCACCGUACUUUGGCCUCCUCCUGGCCUCCGUGGGGAGGCUCCCACAUUACCUCCAGAAAGGCUGCAGGCUCUCGCCCAGGGACACCUACAGUGACAGAAGUGGAAGCAGCUCCCCUGACUCUGAAAUCACUGAACUGAAGUUUCCAUCAAUAAAUCAUGAAUGAUGGUAACGGAUGAUUCUUGAAGAGAGGCUUUGGACUUCAAGAGUUUACAGCUUUGAUUUUACAUUCAGCUUUUGACACUUCCUUUAAAUUAUGUUUUUAUUAAGAUUAUUUUAUUUUGAGGGAAGGUAUUGUGACUUGCAUGCCCCGCCGUGUGUACCGGUUCCCGCAGCGUGUGCUGACUGGUGUCCCACACUCUCCUUUGCGGUCCUCCAGCCUCGGGCGAGAAGCAGGACAUCCGGGCGGAGCAGGUGAUGGCCGGGCGCCAGGGGAGCCCAUCGGUCACCGCGCUUCUCCAGCCACCUUGCGUCACUGUGGCUUCGAGCGUGUAGCUGUUUCUUCCCCCGAUGCCGAGGCCAUUGUAAAAGGUGGGCCGUGCGGCCUGUGUGGGCAGAGAGGGGCGAGUCCGGCUGGUGCCCACAACCCAGUGCCGGAACCCUGCUUGACCAAGAGCAGUGAAACCAGAAACAGAGUCGGCUCUGCCCUAUGCUGGAGGACUCGUUGUCCAAAAGGACAGUCAGUUUGGCAUCACACAGAACGGCAAGAACUCUGUCUCUCUGAAGUCUGAGUUUAGAAUCUGCGUCCUCUUGAGAAGCCGCGCUUCUCUUCUUGGGAAUCACUCCUUGCAUCAAGGGGUCACUUAACAAAGAAUCUUUUGGGGAAACUGCCUCUAAACCCCGCUCAUAUGGGGUUUUGCUCGAGGGGACUUUACAGCUUUGCUCAAGGGGACUUUUUCCUUCCAGAAUGGUGUUACUACGGUUGAAAUGCAAUAUGAAAAGCUAUUUUCUUAAUGUGGUGUAACGACAGGCAGAGCUGCGUGCCCAUUAUAUCCUGGCUGGACUCGGUGUAUACUCUAACUUAAGAAAUAAACAACGCAGAGCAAGAGACA